CAAUUCAUUCAUUCAUCAAUCACUCUUGUGUUUUGGUGAUGUGACGAUGUAAUUCUGUUUGGCUUUUGUUUUUAUUAAAUUUAUACGUAAAAUAAUUUAAAAAAAACUAUUUUCAUAAUUAGUAAUUGCUUGUGCGUUUAAUGAGCGUUAACAUUGUGGACUAAAGUGAAGUGUUAAAUAAAAGUGCUUCACAGCGGAGCAACAUAUCGUCUAGACAUUACCAGGAACAUUAGCCAGUACCCAGUAAGCAACGAAACAAACAAGGAACCUAAUUUGAAUGCAUAUUGUGACGUAAUCGCGCCAAAACAAACGAUUUGUUAUGGAGACUCGGUUCAGAAUUGCGUGAACAAAAGUCGAGAUGUGGCGAAAAAUUGCGACGGUUUUGCUGCUGGUGGCUACGGCGAGCGCACUCCUCGAAGGACCAAAUGUCUGCACCAGGCAGGAACUGUACACAACGACAAUACGGGUAUCUGAGAAUCAACCCUACCAAGUAAAGGAGUACGCGUGGUGUUUGAACAUUCCGCCGCGAUGUUCGAAGUAUACAAUUAAGUUUCGUCAAAUAUUCAAGACCGAGACGCUGCCCAAGUACAGGCCAGUGCAAGAGUGCUGCUCAGGCUACGCACCUGAUAAGCAUGGAGUCCAGUGCGUGCCGGUGUGCAUAGAGAAGUGCGAGCACGGCAAAUGUGUGGCGCCGAAUACGUGUGCGUGCGAGCACGGAUAUGGGGGCCCGGCUUGUGAUAUAUCCUGCCCCGAAGGCAAAUGGGGUCGUAACUGCCAGAACUCGUGCCACUGCCUGAACGGGGGUACCUGCGAGCCGCUGACGGGCGAAUGCGCGUGCGCCCCGGGCUGGCGCGGGCGAUCGUGCGAGCGUGCGUGCGCCCCGCCCACUUUCGGAGACAACUGCGAUCAGAAGUGCCAGUGCCAAAACAAUGCGACGUGUAACCCUGCCACUGGGGCAUGCACCUGCUUGCCAGGUUUUACAGGACCGCUAUGUGAACAGCAUUGCCCAGGCAGUGACCCCUGCCCCCAGGGCUGUCGCUGCCAGAACAAAGGAACCUGCGAACUUUUCACGGGCGAGUGCGACUGCACUCCCGGUUGGACCGGGGAAGUUUGCGCCAACAAAUGCCCAACGGGAAGAUGGGGCGAGAAGUGCGAGCGGACGUGCGAAUGUGCCAAUGGUGCGGGCUGCCACCACGUGACUGGCGUGUGCCAGUGCGAAGCCGGGUACACCGGGGAAAAAUGUCGUGACGUGUGCCCGCUCGGUCACUACGGCGUGGACUGCCUGGGAAACUGUUCCUGCCAACAUGGCGGCGAGUGCAACCCUCGCAACGGGUCGUGCACUUGCAAACCGGGCUGGAAGGGCGAGUUCUGCCAAGUGCGAGCUUGCGAGGACGGCAAGUGGGGCGCACGGUGCGAUAAGGAGUGCGAGUGCAACCCGGAGACCACUGAUAUGUGUGACCCAUGGACCGGCGCGUGCGAGUGCGCAGCGGGAUGGAGCGGCGAAGCGUGCUCGCGCCAGUGCCCGCUACUAACGUACGGCAAGGGCUGCCGAAGCACUUGCCGCUGCGAGAACGACGCCCACUGCUCACCUGUUAACGGAUCGUGCCUAUGUGCGCCGGGCUACCGCGGGUUGCGCUGUGAGGAGCGCUGUCCCUACCCUCUGUACGGAGACAACUGUGCUGAUACAUGCGACUGCCACAACAACGCCAGCUGCUCGCACGACACCGGCGAGUGCACUUGCACGCCAGGAUUCGACGGUUUGAAAUGUGACCGUCCAUGCGAUGGAAAAAGGUUUGGCUUGAAGUGCCUUCAACCUUGUGACUGUGAAAAUGAUUCACCAUGCAAUCCAAUUAACGGCGAGUGCGUGUGUGGCGCGGGCUACCAGGGCGCGCGCUGCGAGCGGCGCUGCCCGGCCGGCUUCUUCGGCCAGGGCUGUCUCCACGCCUGCAACUGUUCCUCAAACUCCAAGGGCUGCGACCACGUCACAGGACAAUGUAUCUGCGAGGCUAGCUGGGGAGGCGUAAGGUGCGAGACCCAAUGCCCUGAAGGGUACUACGGCGAGCAGUGUUCCGAGCGGUGCCAGUGCUUGAACAACUCGUCGUGUGACUCGGUCGGGCAAUGCAUGUGCGCCGCCGGCUGGACUGGAAGCAACUGCAGCCAGCCCUGCCCGCCUGGUACUUACGGCGCGGGAUGCUCACAGCGCUGCCCUAAUAACUACCUCGGUAACACAACUUGCGAUCCCGUGACAGGCUUCUACACGUGUCCAAGUGGUUACACGGGGGUCACUUGUGAGUACCCGUGUCCACUCGGAACGUACGGAGUCAACUGCGAAGGAAAAUGCAACUGCAAGAACGGCGCUGAUUGUCAUCAUGUUACUGGGGUGUGCCAAUGCCUGCCGGGCUGGCGCGGCGCGCGCUGCGACGUGGGCUGCGGGCCGGGCUGGUGGGGCACGGGGUGCUCGCAGCCCUGCCGGUGCGCGCGUGGCGCCGCCUGCCGCGCCACCGACGGCAACUGCCGCUGCCCGCCCGGCUACACCGGCGAUUACUGCACGCAGUUCUGCCCCGAGGGCUACUUCGGCGACCACUGCAUGGAAGCGUGCAACUGCUCGGCGACGGGCAACUGGGUGUGCGACCCCGUCAUCGGCUGCGCCUGCCACCGCCACUUCGUCGGCGACAACUGCGACGUGCACGCGAGCGAGCCCAUGGUCAUCGGCCGCGCUGAAGCAGGCUCGUCGAGCGGGCUGACGGUGGCGAUGGUGGUGCUGUCGCUGCUGUGCUGCUGCUGCGCCGUGCUGGUGCUGCUGUACUACCGCAAGCGCGUGCGCCACCUCAAGCGCGAGAUCGCGCACGUGCACUACACCGCCUCGCCGCACUCGCAGCCAGAACAACAACACUUCGACAACCCAGUUUAUUCGUUCCAAGGGUCGACGCGCGGCGACGACUCGACCACACUGCUCAACAACGCCAACCAAAUACUUAACAACUUGGGCGGCAAACUGAACAACACGACGAUGGAAAAACUGCGAAUGCGAGCCAGCGGUUCUACUGACACAUCGUCGAGCACCUACGAUCCGCUGUCAUCCCUGAAGAACAAGGACGCGGAUGCGAACAAUCCUAACCUAUACCACUUUAUUGACGAUGACAAUAAGUUGGAUCACGUCUACGACGAGAUAAAGCACAAGGAGGGCUACGAAAUGGAGUACGACCACCUAAACUACACGCCGCCGGUCAACAAGUGGAAGCAGCACUACCAGAGGAUGGCCAACGGCUUCCCGGCCGCCGCCUCGCCCGCGGCCUCCCCGCCGCCGUCCAUCCCGCCGCUGCCCAAGCUUAACGUGGCGCCCGCGCCGCCCCCCCGCGGCCUCGACCGCCCCGCCUCCCCCCUCGAGGAAACACCACCCGUCCCCCCGACGAGGGACGAGGACACCCUCCCUCUCCCCCCCGCCAGGGAAGCCACCCCGCCGCGCGACGAGACCCCGGCUUUACCUUGACGCCCGGGACUGUGAUCCACUCUCGGAGGUUAGUGUCGAAGGAGAUACGAUAGCAUUAAAGGCCUAUUCAAACCUGAGCGAUAUUCGCUGCCGCUGUGGGUAGAGGUACAUACCGCGCGGGUUUCGCUCAGUUAUUUAGUAUCAAGUAUCGCGGCUAGAGCGACCUGAGCGAUAUUCGCUGCCGCUGUGGGUAGAGGUACAUGGCAGACGGUAGCGAAUAUCGCUUAGGUCUAAACAGUAUUAUUACCGCAUACCCACUGGGUUUUCUCUGCCGCAGACGGUAGCGAAUACCGCUUAGGUCUGAAUAGGCCUUAAAGUACCUUUAUAUUUUGUACUGCCCGUUGGUCGAAAGAUAUUUUUGUAGCGGCUCCUUUGAGCGUUUUUAUGAUGCGACCGGUGCGUCUCGUGAAUUAUUUCGGUGAAUGAUCUCUUCCCGCUUUUGUAAUUAUACUUUUAACUAGUAGUGCGAUGCUUUAAAUGAAUUAUAUUCUGUAUUAUUUAUUUAUUGUGUUGAAGUAGUUCGACGGUUACGAGUGACGAUGCCAUAUUGUCGCGAUUAGAGUUUAUUUGGAAUCGAUAAAAAUGUUAAAUCUAAAUAAGAUUGUGUAUUGGCCCGUUUCUGUUGAAAUUGUAUUACGUGUAAAUGACGUACAUAUCGAAUCGAAAUAUCGUAAUUAGGUAGAAGUACAUGAUAAAAAUAUUAUAUUGAUAUUACUUUAAAAAUAUUGUUAUUUUACGCAAUUUAUUUGAUAUUAAAAAUAGAGUUAAUGUAUACUAUAUCAAUCAUGUAUAUUCUGAUAUUUGUUAUUUUGUUGUUGGAAAUGAAUUAUGUUUAUGUAAAAUGAUCAAAACCAUAAAGUAACAUCAAAAUGAUCAAGUAAAUGAUUGAAAGUAUUCCUAUACGAGGAAGUAGGUACAUAGUGGAUUUUAAAGGUAGAUAAAAACAAUUUACAUGUAUUUAAAAACGCAAAGUAAAUUCCAUACAAUAUUACUUUGAGGGAUCAAGGGAUCAAAUGCUUUCGGUUUUUAAUUAAUAAUAAAAAAUAUGCAUUUUGCUAUAAUAUUUUAUGUUUUGGAAAAUACGUGUAACCUUAAUCUAAUUAAAACAAUGUUACUUCAAUUAUUUUUAUUAUUGUUAUUAUAAAAGGUCUUAUCGACAGAAGUAAAGGACAGCAAUCACAUUCCACUGUUACCAUAUUCAAUUAUUUACACUUUAUACAGUUUUUCAAAUCUUAUGAUGUUGUUUUUAAUCAAAUUUAUAUUUUUAUUAUUUACACUUUAAUCACGACACAUAAUAGAUAAGUUUAUAGCAACUAUAUCAUUUUAGAAUUAUUUAAAGAACAUUUUACAUUUUAGUUUGGUGUUAGGAUUUAAAAAACUAUAUCUAUUUAAUACUUUAGAAAAUGUAUGUAAGAUCGAAAGCAAUUACCGAUUGUGCUCAAAAAGUGCCAAAUUAUUAAAGGGCGUAAAUCCAACUAUGAAAUAUUCUAAACAGCAUGGAUGAACUUUAGAAAUAGUAAAACACGAAUCCUACAAAUAAAAAUUUUAGACAACAUCCUUAUUUUUAUAUGCAGAGUGCUGAGUUAAGGCAUAUAAUAUGUUCCAAGAAUACAAAAAGUAAAAAAAAUACGAUUAGUAAUGUGGAUGGAUACAAUGCAGCUGUUAAAUGGGGAUAAAUUACAAGGUCACAACAAUAAUUUUAUAAAGCAUUUUUUAAAUGUGCAUCACGUAGGGGUAUUUCUUAUUACUUAGAUGAUAAUGUAAAUUAAAAUGUGUUCAAGCGACAAUACUGUAUACUGUAUUGCAAGCGUAUGAAUUAUUGCAUCAGUGUCUUGGAAACUAGAAUUAUUUCAGUUUCCGAUGCUACUGGCUGAUGUAAAUUAUUUAAACGAUUACUUUGUUUUGAUACGUAUUUCAUAAGUUGGUGUAUAUUUUACAAAUGUUCGUGCAUUUUAUUUUGUAUCGAUAUAAAAUGUAACACUUGUAAGUAGGUACUUCCGGGUCAGCUUGAGCUUGUAAUAUAGCAUGGACUUUAAAUUAUUUUCGGUUUUUAAGAAGUAUGGUAACUGGCAUAGCACCUAAAGCUGGAUUUGUUUUUUGAGAUCAUAAAUGUGUAUUGUAAAUGUAGGUACUAUAAUGGUAUCUUUAUAACAUUACAUCUCACAAAGUACUGGCAUUUGUUUACGGUCACGCAUGCACGAUAAUGGUAUGAAAUAUUACUUUACAGUUACAAGCAUAAAAUGUAACAAACUAGUAUUGUUUUUUAAUAAUGUUUGUAAUGUAAAUUUUUAUUUACAUUAUUAAGUUAAAGUGCAUGCAAUGCUGUGUACUUAUUGGUAUAUUUUAUGAAUUCAAUAAUCUUAAAAUUAUGUAAUGGCUUUGUGUUGAAAGGUACAACACAACACUAAAUAAAUAUAAUAUUUGUGAUCUUGACUUAUAAAUCUUAAGAUGGACUGUGGAAAAAACUUUUUUAAAUAUGAUAUUAAAAAUAUUAUUUACUAUUAAUUUUAAGAAAUUAAUUAAAUCAAUCUACCCUUUCAUGUUUUAUAACUUUUACAUUGUUUAAAUUUAAAUAGGAGUAAUAAAACUUACGUGACGUCAUGUAUCCUAAGUGUAAGUUUAAUGUGCCAUUGUGCCUAAAUAUUACUAUUCCACUUAAAUUGUGAUUCUAAGUAAAUUGAAAUACAGGUACACGAACUUACACUUAUACUGCUUAAACAAGAAAAUAGGUUUUCUUACAACUUCAUGUACAAUAUAGUCAAUAUCUAUUCAUCAACCAAUUAUGCAAUAUUAUAGAUCUGCGUUUGAGGUAUUAAAUUUUUGUUAAAUACAUUUUUUCUGUAAUUAACAAAAAUUCAAGAACACUUUAAAUAAGUAAAUGAACCUACUUUGCUGCACUAAACGUAAAGUUUGUGAUAUAAUAAUAAGUGAAUAAAUGAGCUCAUUAACAUAAA